AUGCUCGUUCAUAACCUUUCGGAGCUUAUCGAACUUUAUCUUGUUGGUAUAGCUAUAUCAACGCAAGGUAAGGAGUGGUGUCACACCUUAUCAUCUUCAUUGCCAAAUUUGAGAGGGUUGAGCUUGUUAUACUGCAAUCUUUCAGGCCCUAUUGAUUCAUCGUUACGGAAUCUUAAGUCCCUUUCAAUUAUUCAUUUAAAUGGUAACAACUUUUCUUCUCCAGUUCCAAUUUUUUUUGCAGAUUUCAAAAAUCUGACAUUUUUGAAAGUCUCCUCUUCUAGGUUGAAUGGAACAUUUCCAAAAAAGAUCUUCCAGGUUCCAACGCUACAAGCAAUUGACUUAUUAAAAAAUUAUGACCUGCGAGAUUCUUUGCCAGAAUUUCCUCCAAAUGUAUAUCUUCAAACCAUGCUUCUUAACUAUACAGGAUUUUUAGGGUCAUUGCCACAUUCUAUUGGCAAUCUUAAAAUGUUGUCAACAAUAGAUCUUUCGAAUUGCAAUUUUAAUGGAUCAAUUCCAAACUCAUGGGUGAGCCUCAUACAAUUGGUCUAUUUGGACAUGUCAUUUAACAUGUUUAGUGGAUCAAUUCCAGUAUUUAGCAUGGCCAAGAAUCUGACCAACCUAGACCUUUCUUUCAAUAAUCUUACUGGUCAGAUUACUACCACUCAGUGGGAAGAACUUUUGAAAUUGGAAUCUCUUUCCUUGGAUAGAAAUUCAUUGAAUGAGAAUAUUUCAGUUUCUCUAUUUUCCCUUUCAUCAUUGCAAGUGUUAGGACUCUCGUCCAACCAAUUUUCUGGUCAACUUAAAGAAUUUCCCAAUGCUUCUUCUUACAUACUAGAAAGUGUUUAUCUGGAUAACAACCAAUUAGAAGGGCCAAUACCCAUGUCUAUCUUUGAACUUCGAGGUCUUGAAGGCCUAUCACUUGGUUCAAACAAAUUUAACAACUCCCUGGACCAUAGUGUGAUUCAAUCGUUAAAAAAUCUUUCAUACCUUGAUCUUUCUCACAUCAACUUGUUGACUGAAUAUAAUGGUUUUAACCUUUCGUUAUCCUCGGUUCCCCUUUUAACAUUAAUUCUCGCUUCUUGCAAGUUGAAAAGAUUUCCUGAUUUCUUGAGAAACCAAUCCAGUUUAUCCUAUCUAGACAUUUCAAAGAACCGAAUCGAUGAAGAGUUACCCAACUUGAUCUGGAAACUUCCUGAUCUUCAAUCUCUAAAUCUUUCUUAUAACUACUUGAAGACUCUUGAAGGACCAAUCUCCAAUCUUUCUAUUGAUGUUCCAAGAUAUCUAGACUUUCCCUCCAACCAAUUCCAAGGCCAACUCCCAGUUCUCCCACCUGUCAGCUACUUGGAUUUCUCCAUGAAUAAUUUUCAUUCUGCCUUACCAGCUAUCAUCGGCCAGUCCCUUGAAUCCGCAGAAUUCUUUUCAAUUUCAAGUAAUAAAUUAUAUGGGAGUAUCCCUGGAUUCAUAUGCAAUGCUACAUAUCUUCGAUUUGUUGAUCUGUCUGAUAAUUACUUCAAUGGCACAAUUCCCCAACGCUUGAUUGAGAUGAGUGGGGCUUUUAUUCAGGUGUUGAGUCUAAGGGGAAAAACAAUAUCAAUGGUACAAUUCCUGAUACAUUUCCAGAGUCUUGUUAUUUACAAACUUUAG